CACACACCCCCACAGACACAUCCGCCUCACCCUUAAUCAGGCUGGGGAGCACCAACCCGCUCCUCUCAGUUUGACGCCGUGUGAGCUACAAGAACAAGCCGGCGUUCAGAGCGGCCGCCUGCUUCUAACUGCACUCCACUACAAGAAUUCUCCAUAUUCAGGCACAUAUUUAUAAAACUAAUUUAUUCAGCAAGCAUUUUCCCCUCCAAAAAGUCGAAUUUGUAAGAGGUUAUGGCUGAAACGACGACUGACGCUCUGAAGGACACCUCCAACGGCGACGUCCACCUGGGCGAGAAACCCGCGAACGGCAACAAUGUAGCGAUCGGCGGCGACAAUGUAGCGAGCGAGAGCCGAAAGCCGGCGGACAAGAUAGGCAAACUCCGGGGCUGCAUCAGGGGGAAUCUGCUGGUCAUUCUCACCGUGACCGGGGUGAUCAUCGGCGUGGUGAUCGGCCUGUCGGUGAGGAGCCUCGGGCUCGGCAGGGUUCAGAUCAUGUACUUCUCCUUCCCCGGCGAGCUGCUCAUACGGCUGCUGAAAAUGAUCAUCAUCCCGCUCGUCGUCUGCAGCCUGGUCUCGGGCGCCGCCAGUCUGGACACGAAAGCCCUGGGCAAGCUGGGAGGCUGGGCGAUGCUCUUCUUCUUCCUCACUACGCUGCUGGCCUCGGCCCUUGGAGUGACCAUGGCGUACAUCAUCAAGCCCGGGACGGGAGCCGAGGCCAAACCGCAGCUUCCCGGCAUGGAAGAAGCGCUCCCAGAGGCUAAAGAAGUCACCGACUCCUUUCUGGAUUUAGUAAGGAACAUCUUCCCAUCUAACCUUGUCUCGGCAGCAUUUAUAUCGUACGCCACAAAUUACAGGACUAUAGCAAUUAUGAAGAAUGUCACCGAUGAGUUUGGAAGAAUUAACGUGACCAUUGAAGAGUUAAAGAUUCCCGUUCCCGCCACGGUAGACGGAAUGAACAUCCUGGGGCUGGUGGUAUUCGCCAUCAUCUUCGGAAUCGCCCUGCGCAAGCUCGGGCCAGAGGGGGAGAACCUGAUCCAGUUCUUCAGCUCCUUCAAUGAGGCCACCAUGAUCCUGGUCUCGUGGAUCAUGUGGUACGCUCCUUUCGGUAUCAUGUUCCUGGUUGCAGGCAAGAUUGCGGAGAUGGAGAAUGUCUUGUUGCUCUUCACCAGCCUUGGGAAGUACAUCUGCAGCUGCAUCAUGGGGCACGUGAUUCACGGGUUAAUCGUGCUGCCCUUGAUCUACUUCGUCUUCACCCGUAAGAAUCCCUAUUCGUUCUUCUGGGGCAUCUUCACGGCCCUGGCCACUGCCUUCGGAACUGCGUCCAGUUCCGCCACACUGCCCCUCAUGAUGAAGUGCGUGGAAGAAAACAACGGCGUGAGCAAACAAAUCAGCCGGUUUAUUCUGCCAAUCGGCGCGACCGUGAACAUGGACGGCGCGGCCCUCUUCCAGAGCGUCGCCACGGUGUUCAUAGCCCAGCUCAACAACGUCACCCUCGACUUUGUGCAGAUCAUCACCAUACUGGUGACCGCCACCGCUUCGAGCGUGGGGGCUGCUGGCAUUCCGGCGGGAGGCGUCCUGACGCUCGCCAUCAUCUUGGAGGCGGUGGGAUUGCCCACGAGCGAGAUCUCGCUGAUCCUUGCUGUCGACUGGAUAGUAGAUCGCACCUGCACGGUUCUCAACGUGGAAGGCGACGCAUUCGGGGCUGGCCUCCUGCAGUCGUACGCUGACAGGGAGAAGGCCAAACGGCCUCAGGUGGAGGAGCUCACGGAAGUGAAAACGGACGGGGCAGCGGCAGCGAAGUCCGAUGAGGAGGGGGCGCCCCUCAUUAAGAAAGAUGUAAAGGUGUCCCUUGAAGGCCACAAGGAUUCGCUGGAGAAGGAGUCAGUGAUGUGAAGCUUCGAUGUGUGAAAGAGAGUUUCUAUCCCGGACAAACACUUGAGAACUUCGUGCUAAGGAAAUGCAAUGGAUUCUCCCGACUACAUGUGCAAACACUCCCACUAAAACUUAGACAGGAAGUGGGUGAUAAAGGUCAUGAGAGAACCCAAUGAUAAUAUGCAAUGUUAUCUCCCUCUUCCUGCUCCUCUCUGUCCCUCAUCCACAUCCCUCAGCCUAGAAAGCAGAGACUCCCAAUCUCCACAGUCGCCUCCAGGAAUUCUGCUGAGGCAUCGAACUUGCUGUCUCUUUGUGUGCGCACAAAGAAGACUUGAGGAUGGUUUUAAUCUCUACAGACUCCAAAAAAAAAACCAAAGCAGACUGUACUUGGAGUGUCCAGAAGGUCUGCAGUUUGUCAAAACUGCGAGGGAGAUUGCCAGUCUUUGCAUCCCAGCUUUCUUGGCGUCUCCCUUUCUCGUGUAGUACGUGUCACCACAGCUGCGUUGAAUGUGUAACUCACUGGUUGUGGGGCAGGGCAGCCAACAGGGGCGGGCUGGAACAAGCUAAUCACGCCGGAAGUACACAGCGGGUCAGUUAGCAUCUGUGGACGGAGAAACAAUUAAAAUUCAGAAAUGUUAACCCUCUUCUCUCCACAGAUGCUGCCUGACCUGACUUUUUCUUUUUGCAACAUUCUGAUUUUUUAAAAUCUCGGAUUUCUAGAUUCUGUGGAAUGUUUUUGUUUGGCUUUUCUAAUACUUCCCUACUUUUUCUAAUACUUAGGGUAGUCUAUAUCUUUGAAGUUUUAGCUCAGUCCAGCUCUUUAUCACUGGCGUGAGAGUUUGGGGGUGGGGGGGCAUUUUAUGUCUUUAUCUCUUCACUUUGAAGCAUCCCUCACUGAAUUAUUUAAGGGAAGUGGAAGUUUAUUGGCUGUGGUUAACACUGACCAAGAUGUCCCUGCCAGAGUUAAUAGAGCUGCUGCCUCACAGCCUUAAUGAUCCCAGUUCAAUCCUACCUCCUGGUACUGUCUGUCUGUGUGGGGUUUGCAUGUUCUCCCUGCAAGCACAUGGAAACUUCCCCCCAUCCAGGUGUGCUCCUAUUUCCGUCCGCACCCCAAAGCCCUGUGGGCUCGUAGGAUAACUAGCUGCUGUAAAUCGCCUCUCAUGUUUAGGCAAGUGGCGGAAUUUUGGAGACAAUAAGCACAUCGGAGGUUUAAAAUGCUACUAAUGUAAAUAGAUGCUUGGCAAGAGGUUCCAACCAAUUGAAGUUGCAUUCUUGUUUCUGUCAUUUUUAACUUCCAGGAAAUAGAAAUAUAACCGGACUGACUUUAAAAUCUAAACAAAUUUUCCAGACAGAAGCUCCAGCCUUUCUCUCGAGGAAUAAAAGACAAGGUGCCAGAUGGAUACUCAGAUGGUCUGUUGUCUGAACAGGAAGGGUUUUGCAAGACAUUAGGGACUGGUUAGGUUGAGUUCUUCUCCAAUCCUGGCAAUUUACUUGCAGACGUUUCCUCUCCGUACAAGGAGACAUCGUCAGUGCACUGCUAACAGUGGUGUGUCCUCUGAAUGCUUGGCCUUCAUACACCUUUCAACCCGCUGGUUGGUCAUCAUUACGGAAACUGAAUUGCGAUGUAGGGAGGAAGUCGCGUGGCUGAUUGGCUGUGCGGUGAACUUUGUGCGCUGUGGUCUGGAAUUUUGCCCGCAUCGGCUCAUAAACGGGAUCGAGGUCUACGUGUCCGUUUACAGAAUUGUUCGCGGAAAGCCGCGCCUCUAGGAAUUCUUUGGCAUGCCGCGUGUUUGCCUGUGCCGUGACUUUCACCAAUACCCGGUCGGAAUGGUGUCCCUCUCGAUCUUCAUGGGUAGAGAUUAAGCAGAAUUGGCCACGCCAUUUUACCGCCAGUUGGUGUUCCUGAAUGCUUGUCGAUAGUUUUACAGGAACAAUUCUGUAAAGAAACACGGUCAACCUCGAUCCUAUUUCUGAGCCAAUGUGGGCAAAAUUCCUGAGCACAACGCACCAAUCGGCAGCGAGGUUUCCUCGCCAUCUCGCGAUGCCCAUCAAUCACCUCGCCCAAGGGUGACCUGAGGUCGGUGGAGGGAAGGAGUGCCUUGCGGCUCCUUUGGUAGAGUCGUAUCUCCACCCUGCCACCCAGGUUAAGGCAGUUUAGUGUUGUGUAAUUUGAUACGUUAGAUUAUAAGAGAAUAAAUCAGGGUUACCAAAAUUAUUUCUUACCGGUUUACAUUCCCAAACCCCGGCGGCACUCCCAUCUGGCUUGUGGCUAAUUUUUUUUUUGUGGCCGCCUACUUACUUCUCCAUCUACUUCUCCGUCUUUACUGCCGCCUUUGAGUUUUGAUUGGGUUUCUUCAGAUACGUUCUGCAUUGACUUUUUAACACUUGAUAACGCUGGAAUCUACAACUGCCAGUAUCCCUCUAUAACAUUACAGUACUGAUGGGUACAAGGGUGUUACUAUACUGUGUUGUCGUAUAAUACUAGCAGGUUCCUAGCCUCCACAAUGUAACACUAGACACUAGGGUGGUGGGUACAGAACUGCCAUUGUGUAUGUGCAGUUCGGUUUUAGGGGUGUGGAUCAAUUAAUGUAAAACACUGGGUCAUAACACAGGUGGGUUUGAGUCUUGCUGUAUGAUAUGUGGGUGGAGCAUAGAUCUGUCACUGUGACUGUAAUCAUAAAUAAAACUGAAACAACAGUUUUAGUUGGACACACAUGGUCAUCUGCCAUCAAGGGCAGGAAAGUGAAGAGUGAGAAAGUUGCAAUCUUUCUUGCUCUUGUAAAACGGUAUUGGAUGCAGCCUGGCCUGCUGCGUUCACCAGCGACUUUUACGUGCAUUGCUUGAAGUUCCAGCAGCUGCAGAUUUCCUGGUGUUUGGAUUAUUUAAGUCUAGCUGAAAGAACCAGAUUCUUUCACGGAUAUAUAUCAGCUGGUUCUGUCGUACAGUAUACAACCUGACAUUCUUGCUCUCUGCAGACAGAGAAGACGUUUUUAGUUGACGUUUGUGGAAUUUCAACACAGGGACCACCAAACAGGUACCCACAAACCCAACUGACAACAUUGCCUGUUGUCUACUUAGAGAACUGUAUGUAAUACACGAAGCAGAGGUGAGAAGCUCGUCUCUCUGCCUCCUGGUUGUUGCCAUUAAAGCCAGAACACUUGGGGAGGGGUUGGGGUCAGUGGGUGAGGCGAGGUCAGUGAAGGAUGCGUCGGCAGUGACGUGGCAGAUUGUCGACCUCAUGUCGGGACUGGAAAGUGUUGGAAAGGUAAAAUUGUUUCAUAGCUGAACGUGCGGGGAGAGCCGAAGAAAGGGGAAAGUCAGUGACGGAAUAACUGUGGGCCAACACUAAACUGGGUAGUGAAGAGGUUUAUAUUGCAAUGGUAAAUACAUAAUCAGCAACCAUAUGUUUAAAGAUGUAAUAGUCCUGUAGAAAUUGAUUGUGUUGAAGUCAUUGUUGAGGCAAGAGGUUGCCAAGUGAUAUCGUAUUGUGAUAUAAGGAUAUACGGGAUAUAUAUAUAUAUAUAUAUAUAUAUAUAUAUAUACCCUCUAAGUACAGGGUAGGCCAGGAGUGCAAAGUCUAAAGUUAAUGGCCACCGUUUGAAGCCUGUAUCCAUGCUGCAUGAUUUAUUUGUCCAUUUUAAAUUUGUGAGGCCUUGGUGGUUUGGGAAGGAGUGCUCUGACUACUGCUGCUCUCUCACCCUCUCGAGUGUCCUUGUAACCUGCUGAAGAUGCUUGAGAGUUAACGGUGGCUGGUACGUGUGUGACUCUAGUCACACAGGCUACUCGGACAGUCCUCCGUUGAUGCUGGGACCCUUCUCCCUCACUUAAGGAGGUGAUAUUUUCUUCACAGUUUGGUUGAGUACUGUAACGUCUUGUGUACUUUUUAAAAAUACAGCACUAAAUUUGUUUUCCAUCCUUAUUUGUCAUUUGUAUUUUGUAAAUUUACACAUCGUGGCAAAUGCGUCAUAUGAUUUGAGCGAUUGUCAGACAAUCAUGUUGUCUUUGUGCUCGGUUCAGACUGGUGCGUGUGUGCAUGCGCGUGGGUAUGUAUGCGUGUGCCUCUGUUAGCAUUAGUUGGGCUCUAAUUAUACCAUUCUGCCCCUCAAAGUUGAAAAUGGACAUGUGAGGUGGUGAGGAGAUUUGCAAUUUAUGUUCGUUAAUAAAUCCUCAUCAGAAUAUUCAAUAAUAAAUACAUUUCUGCAC